AUGCCGAUCGAAAUGGCACCCUUGAAUCCGGCCCAGACCGACGUGGCUGAAGAGUCAGCUCCUCUACAACCGUUGUCUACCACCGACGCGACUGAAGACUCAGUCCCUUCAAAGCCGUCGUCUAUAACCGGCAACCGUCGGAAGUCUAUCUUGCUUGACACAUGGAUUUUCGAAAGUUUGGCAUUGGUAUUCAGCAUUGCUUGUUUUGUUGCUAUUCUCGGUCUUCUCGGUGCCUAUAACAACGAAGUUCGACCGGAAAUGGCCUACAAGUUGUCUCUGAAUGCGAUCAUCUCUAUACUUGCUACAGGGUGCAAAUCUUCUCUAGCCCAUGUGAUUGGAGAAGCGAUUUGUCAACUCAAAUGGCUUCACUUUAAGAGUGAAAACAAAUCUUCAUUGUCUGGAAUGCAGAUGUUUGAUGCCGCUAGUAGAGGACUACUGGGAUCUUUGGGCAUUCUCAUUCAUCAAAGAGCAAAAUUUAUGUAUGCCUUGGUGCAGCAGUCGUCGUGCUUCUUUUAG